GGACAGGGGCCAGGGCCCUGGGAGCAGCAGAACGGCCUCCAGCUCAACACAGCCACUUUGCCUCCACUCUGCUCUCCGCCAGCGCCUUGCCCCGUUCCCGGGGACCCCCACCCCACCUCACCCCCUGACCCCACCCUCCGGCUGCCUGACCUGGCCCGCUUUCCUCUAGAUUCCAGCCUUGGUUCCUCCCUCUCUCUCCAGGCCUCCAUCCGUCUUCUAGAUUCUCUUCCUCCAACUCCCUCUUUGCAGAACCUCUUUUUGGAACAUCACUCCUUCCCCACUUUCUGACCUCUUCCCUUUGGAGGGCUGUGUGGCCCAGACCUCAGGGGGAGAUGCAGGAGGCUCGGUUCCCGGUCUGGCUGCUUCUGCAUCUGCUACGGGCGGUGGCAGUGGAGGCUCCAGACCCUGGGGCAGAGGUCCCGGUGGUAUGGGCCCAGGAGGGGGCUCCUGCCCAGCUCCCCUGCAGCCCCACAAUCCCCCUCCAGGAUCUCAGCUUUCUGCGAACAAGACAAGUCACUUGGCAGCAUCUACCAGACAGUGACCCCGCGGAGCCCCCGCCAUGGGGCCCGGGGCCCCGCCCAUACACGGUGCUGAGGCUGGCUCUCGGAGGCCUGCGCAUCGGGAGGCCGCCCCUGCAGCCCCGCGUGCAGCUGGAUGAGCGCGGCCUCCAGCGCGGGGACUUCUCGCUGUGGCUGCGCCCGGCGCGACGCGCCGACGCCGGCGAGUACCGCGCCGCUGUGCGCCUCGGGGACCGCGCCCUCGCCUGCCGCCUCCGUCUGCGCGUGGGCCAGGCGGCGGUGACUGCCAGCCCCCCGGGGUCUCCGUGGACCUCCAAAUCGGUCAUUCUGAACUGCUCCUUCAGCCGCCCUGACCUCCCAGCCUCUGUGCACUGGUUCCGGGGCCCAGGAAGAGUCCCUGUUCAGGAGUCCCCCCAUCACCUCUUAGCUGGAAACUUCCUCUUUCUGCCCCACGUCAGCCCCUUGGACUCUGGGACCUGGGGCUGCAUCCUCACCUACAGAGAUGGCUUCAAUGUCUCCAUCACGUACAACCUCACGGUUCUGGGUCUGGAGCCCUCAGUCCCUCUGACAGUGUACGCUGGAGCCGGUUCCAGGGUGGAGCUGCCCUGCCGCCUGCCUCCGGGUGUGGGAACCCAGUCUUCCCUCACUGCCACGUGGGCCCCUCCCGGGGGAGGUCCCGACCUCCUGGUGGCUGGAGACCGUGGCAACUUUACCCUUCGACUAGAGGCUGUGGGCCAGACCCAGGCUGGGACCUACACCUGCCAUGUCCACCUGCAGGGGCAGCAGCUCAGUGCCGCUGUCACUUUGGCAGUCAUCACAGUGACUCCCAAGUCCCACGGAUUAUCCGGCAACCUGAGAAAACUGCUUUGCGAGGUGACUCCGGCAUCUGGACAAGAGAGCUUUGUAUGGCGCCCCCUGGACGAGCAGUCUCAGAGGAGUUCCCCGGGUCCCUGGCUGCUGAUGCCAGAGGCCAGACUCCUUUCUCAGCCCUGGCAGUGCCGUCUGUACCAGGGCAAGAGGCUUCUCGGGACCGCGGUGUACCUCACUGAGCUAUCUCGCCCAGGUGCCCAACGGUCCGGGAGAGCCCUGGGGGCCCAGAAAACAGGCCACCUCCCUCUCCUCAUCCUUGGUAUCCUCUUCCUGCUCAUGUUGGUGACUGGAGCCUUUAGCUUCCACCUUUGGAGAAGACGGUGGCGACCAAGAAAAUUCUCUGCCUUAGAGCAUGGGACUCACCCACCUCAGGCUCAGAGUAAGAUAGAGGAACCAGAGCCAGAACCGGUGCUGGAGCUGGGGCCGGAGCCCGAGCCCCAGCUGCAGCCGGAGCAGCCCUGACAUGGAGCCGGGCAGCCCCCGCAUCUCCGCAACUCCGUGCAAAUAAACUCCCCAUCAGCAGCAA